AUGGCGACGUUCGAUGAUGCGUCGACGCGUGCGAGGGUGACGAUCGACUUCAACGCGAGCGCCGUCAUUCACAGCGCUCUGAAAAUCGCGAGCGAGCGCUCGGAGGACGCGCGCGUUCGAGCGCGCUCUGCUCGAGCGCUCGAGGCGUGCGCGAAUUCGGGAGGAGCGGACGUGCGAGUGGAUUACGACGUGGUGUUCGACGCGUUCGCGUGUUUGCGCGCGAACGGCGAGAGCGAGGCGACAGUGAUGGGCGUCAUCGACCCUGUUCGCGAUAUACGGUUCGAGCUGACGCGACGCGAGAGAACGUUGACGAAGGAAGAGGAGAACGAGCGCGAGGCGCAUCGCGCACUCAUGGACAAGCUACGGGACGAGGUGGAGGCGAGAAAAUACGCCGACAUCACUCGAGAUGUAGAUAGAGGUCGCGCGUCGCGGUCAAACGCACCGUCUCCAUCUUUCAAAUCGGACGUUCACGCGUACGGUUUGGGUGCGCACGUCCUGACGAUAAUGUUUGCGUGCGCCACCGCCGGUUACGUCGGCGGUCGAGCGUUGGAGCAAGGCGGCUUUUUCGUAGGAGUCGCCUGGGCGCGAGGUCUGUGCACCGCUCUCGGAGCGGCGCUCGGAUUGUUCACCGAGGUGGGUCUUCUCAUUUUGCGCGAGUCGCGCGUGAUGGAUACGCGCGCGUGA